CAGUAUGUGGUAACAUCACGAUCAGUUCAACAACGAAAUAUGGUUUUAUUUACAUUUUUAACUUUACUUGACUUUUACUUGAAAACUAUGAGUACAGACCUUAUAUUCGACGCUAGACAUUUAAUAGUAUCUUAUCUAGAUCGCUGAUAUUGUUGUACUACAACGUGACAUACUGUAUAUAUAAAAAGGGACUGCCCGGAAAACUUCGACAUUGCUUAUAAUCUUUUGUAGCAUACAAAUCACUUAGCCGAGUGACUUUAUUAAGAGGUUGUAAUAAUUAAGCGUAAUGGAUAAUUUGGAGAAUAUUUUAAAAAAAAUUAAUUUAUUUAUCAACAUUGAUAAAGAACGAAAUGUAUACACAAAUCAUUUUAAUUGUUUAAGAAAAGCUAUUUACGACAAAUUGAGGGAAGAUGAUGUGUUUAAAAGUUUAUCUGCAGGGACUGUUCUAGAAGGCAGCUAUGGCGAUAACUUAAAAGUGAAAAGUCCUGACGAAUUCGACUUAGUUUUUUAUAUAAAGUUCCCAGAAACGAAGUCUGUGACUAUUAAAAAAGAUUCUCAGAUUGCUGGAAAUAUUUUUAUUGAUACGACAGCUGUAAUAAAAAUAAUCGAGAAACAGGUGCACCAUGCAAAUACGCUAAAUUGUAUUAAAAAAAUGGUUACUAAAGAUAAUAAUCUGAUCAUUGAAAACAUGCAUGCAUGGUUGCAGAGUUUAUUUCAAAAGACAAUGAAUAGUUUGCAAGAAAAAAUCAUUGUUAAUGAAGUUGCUUCAAAGUUGCGUUACAUCCGUUGCGGUCCAGCGCAUACUAUUAAAGUAACCGGACCAUGUACGUAUUCAGUUGAUUUCGUACCGGCAAUUUUAUUGGAACCACACCAAGAUAUUUCGGGAAAAAAAAUAAAAUCUAACUGGCAAGCUAUACCGAAACCGUUAAAAACGGCUUCGAAAAAACCCCAAAUAUCAUUUCGCACAUCGUAUUAUCAAGAAGAAAAUCGUAUAAUUUCGAACAAAAAUAACUUAAAAAAUGUUUUAAGAUUUAUGAAAAAAUUUCGCGAUACACAUCCAAAUAUGUCGAAUUUAAAAUCCUACUAUAUUAAGACUAUUUUUCUUUGGAAAGCGCAUAGUAAAAAUAACGAUAAUAAAUAUUGGAAUAAUUCUUUAAGUGACAUUUUACUAGAAAUGUUUACAGAGCUAGAACUUCAUCUAACAAAAAAAAAAUUACCAUACUAUUGGGAUGCAAAAUUGGACUUAUUUAAACAUUUGCAACUAUCACAAUUCAAUGAAAUGUUAAAUUGUACGAUGAACGCAAGAAAAACGUUAGCACAAGCAAAGAUGAGUAUGACACCGAAACUACAAUUUCAGACUUAUGCUGUUUUCUUGAAUGAGAAAGAAAGGCAAGAGACUGGUAUUGAGGACCCGAAAUAAAUAUAGCGCAACGUAUUUUUUUGUUACAAAAUAUAACGGGAGCUGUUUAAAUGAUUUGUGUGUAUUUUAAUUUUAAUAAAUAAUG